AUGUCGGCAGCGCCGGCGGCGGGGAAGCAGCAGCAACGGCAAGGAGGCGGCGCUGGGGUGCCUACGAAGCGGAAGCCGGUGUUCAUCAAGGUGGAUCAGCUGAAGCCGGGGACGAGCGGGCACACCCUAACGGUGAAGGUGGUGGACGCGAAGAUGGUGAUGCAGAAGGGGCGGCCGACGGCGGCGCACCUCCGACUGACCAAGAUCGCCGAGUGCCUCGUGGGGGACGAGACGGGUACCAUCGUUUUCACGGCCAGGAACGAGCAAGGUUCGCCUCUCUCAGUCUGUCCUCCCGUCGAAUCUUUCCUUCUCCGAUCCUGUUCGAAUCUAAUUUCGAAUAUUUUUAUGCACGAUUAUGAGAAAUAAUUUCAAAUACAAAAUGCUCUUGAUGUGACUAGGCAUCAGAUCUUGCUCUGUUCCAUAUUUUAUUGUAUUCUAGAUGUAACUAGAAAUCCGUUUACGGGUGUUACACGGUUAGAGUUUCGCAAUUUUCUCUAACCAUUCAUGGUGCCUGCUUUGCAUGGAGGUCAUCAAUCCUACCCGGUUUUGAUUCUGAUAUUCAUUUAGAUAUGGGAUGAUGGGACCAAGAGGAUUCCCUAUAUCACAUGCGAUCCAAUGACGGGGAACAUUCAGUGUUGACUUUGGGGUUCUCUUCGCCUUUUUUGGCAGCUGAGAUUUGAUUUAAAAAAUAAUUUUCUCUUCAAUUCAAUAUGACAACAUUAAAUGUCCCCAUGAACUCUUUGAGCCUUUCCAUUCCCUCUCAUGCUUCAAAAAUUUCUUAGUUUUUCCAUUUAUUACAGAACGGCGGUGUGUAAAUUUUAUCAUGUUGAUUUACUUUUUGGUCUGAGAAUUAAAGCUGAUAUUUUCUUGUUAAUAUAUGUUUCAACGGGGGGUCCUCAGAGGGUGAUCGAUUUUUUCUUUAACCCACAAUUCAUUAGGCUAAUGACUAAAAUUGAUCAGUUUGACCUCGCAAGAAUGUCAGCUGCUACCAUCUCAAUUCAGGUUGAAGUUAGGAUUACGCGGGUAUUUAAUAAAUUUUAAAAUAAUCGGCGAGUGAGAUAUCAAGUAUCUUGCAUUUCUUUUUAAUGUGGUUGCCAACUCCUACCUGCAUUGAUGGGGGUCUUUUCAGAUAGCUUAUUUUUUUUCUUUUUCGCUUUCCAUAUACAUCACUAGAUGGCGAUAUGUUAAUAUCUGUAGCUUGACCUUUUGUCUUCUUAUCUUAAAUAUUUUCUGCUCUGUGACCCUGUUCACACCUACCUUCUAUACCCUUGUCCACAGAAAUUAUGCGAAGAUAUAAAAUAAACGUUCUGUAAAGAGAUUCUGUAGAUUUUACCGAUCCACUUAAUCGUAACCUGUUGUACCCAAUACUGACUAGAAUGUUGGAGGGUGUUCAUGCAUCUUACUUACGGAUAUUUUUAGCUUGUUUACGUGUAAUUAUGUGCCUGUACUUCAAUAACAAGGCCUGAAGUUGCCUUUUCUUUUCCCCUUCUAAGCAGCUUUGACUUCAGCUGUUAUCUGUUUUAUGGGCAUAUUUUUCAAUUGAUAAUUCGAACAGAACUAUUUUAUGAGUUUUUGUCCCUAAAUCUUGGCGGAUUGGAUCUUUGUUCAGUCCUUGAUAAAGCAUAGUUGUAGAUGAUCUCAUACUGUAGAUUAUGGAUGGCGAUGUUAAUUAGACAUCAAUUUUCCUCCCCCCCCAUCUUUUAGGAAAUGAAUCCGCGUCAAUAUAUAUAUAUAUAUUUUCUAUUUUCGCAGUGGAUCUGAUGAAACCAGGAGCCACGAUCAUCCUCCGGAAUGCCAAGAUCGACAUGUUCAAGGGCUCAAUGAGGUUGGCUGUCGAUAAGUGGGGCCGCGUUGAAGUUGCCGAGCCCGCUGUUUUCUCAGUGAAGGAUGACAACAACCUCUCCCUGGUCGAGUACGAGCUAGUCAACGUCGUGGAGGAGUGA